GGAAUAAGGUGGAAUCGUAGAUGGAUCAUCCCCCGCGAGAGAUGAGGCUGAGGAAACUGAGGCUCGGGGAACUGCGACCAGCCCGCGCGCUGAUAGCCUUGCUCCACCUUCCCAGCAGUGCACGGGUGGAUCGGGGACGCUGGAAGAGCCCAUCGUUCCCUUCACACCGCGCUCUGCCCAUCGUGGGGGGGAAGCUGAGCCCGCGCCAACUCAUCGCACGUCCCGCCAUGGCCCGCACGGUCGCGAUCGGGAGCAGUUUGUGCCCCCGCGCGCGCCGUAGGGGAUAUAGUGCCCGGGUGCGGAAGCGCGGCGGGCACUUCCUGCUUGUGGCGGCGGCCGAGGGUUGGAGCGACCGAGGCGCUGGGACCAUGCCUCGCAAGAUUGAGGAGAUCAAGGACUUCCUGCUGACAGCACGGAGGAAGGAUGCCAAGUCCGUGAAGAUCAAGAAGAACAAGGACAAUGUGAAGUUCAAGGUGCGCUGCAGUCGGUACCUCUACACCCUGGUCAUCACCGACAAGGAGAAGGCCGAGAAGCUGAAGCAGUCCCUGCCCCCAGGUCUGGCCGUGAAGGAGCUGAAAUGAGCCGGGAUGAGUUGUUCCCCUGUCGGAUUCUCCAUGUUUGUUACAAUAAAUAAAACACUGUUCUGGUGUCA